ACAUUCUUAAGAAUUUAGAACUUACGCACGUGCCGAGAACGGGUCACUCGCCCGAAUCGGCCCCAUCGGUGGCCGGCGCCGUAUAGCUGCUUCCUCUGGCCUAUGUCGUCGCUCUUUGUUGGCUCGAGCGUCGCAAGGGCGUAUCUUGCGCCUCUUAAGCGGCACUCGCGACUGCUUCCCAGCGCCUGCGCACAUCGCUACCUAUCAUCCAGGGCGACCGUCCUGCUGCUCGAUGACGUAGAGCUGGCCAAGGCCGAAUUGGAGAAGCUCCGAGCAAAGGCCAAUGUAGUCCGGUCCCAAUCGCAGAGCCGCGAGGAAUUCGUCGAGGAGCUCAAGGCGCUGGACGGUCUCAAGGCAAUCUAUAGACACUUUGGUGGAGCGCGAAGCAUCAAGGUCACGGGUAGAUUCGACCAAGAUCUCGUCUCUAAGCUACCCAAAUCGCUGCAGUUCCUGUGUCACAAUGGAGCGGGCUAUGAUCAGCUCGACAUAACUUCGUUGACACAAGCCGGCAUCCAGGUAUCCAACGUGCCAAAGGCCGUCGAUGAUUCAACCUCGACGACGGCCCUCUGGCUCGUGAUCGGAGCCCUACGCAAUUACUCCCUUGCUCAGUCGCAGCUCGCCUCGGGCCACUUCAACUCCAGAUUUCCCUUCAAGGCAGCUCACGACCCAGGCUCCGCCGGUGCCAAGGUGCUGGGCAUCGUCGGGGCCGGCGGCAUCGGGCGGGCGCUAGCGAAGAAGGCGUCGGCAGCACUAGGCAUGACUGUAAUCUACCAUAAUCGACGGCGGCUCGAUGCCGACAUCGAAGCAGCCAUGGUUCCCCUCGGCCAGCCUGCAGAAUACGUCGACACCCUUGACGAACUCCUCGCCCGGUCUGAUGUCGUCAGCCUGCAUUGCCCUCUGACGCCCGAGACCAAAGGUCUGAUUGGCAAGAGUCAGCUUGACAAAAUGAAGAAGACUGCCGUCCUGGUCAAUACUGCGCGCGGGCCCGUUGUCGAUGAGGAAGCACUGUCAACAGCACUGGAGAGCAGUGCGAUCGGGGGUGCAGGGCUGGACGUGUUUGAAAAGGAGCCUUCAAUUCACCCCAGCCUCCUCGCCCAGUCUCAAGACGGGGCAGGCAAGGCGCUGCUCUUGCCGCAUGUCGGCACCCUCAGCCUGGAGACACAGACAGAGAUGGAAGCGGUGUGUCUCCGCAAUAUACAGCACGGCCUGGAGACGGGCAGGCUCGGAUUCACAGUGGCCGAGCAAGCCGGCAAGUUCUGACCGAGGAUUAGCUACACACUUUCUAUUUAGAGGUCAGCCCUCCAGCGAUGUGCAAUCUCAUCCUCUGAUCGUCUCACUUCCUUCCGACAUCGAGAUUGAUGCUAAGACAUCU